AUGGAAUCAGUCGUGUAUGAGAAUUCGCCUUUGGCCGACUAUCUCGAGGGAGAAGGCAGCAACGAGGAAAGCUGGCCCGUGGAGGAGAUACACAACACAGAUGAAGAUGAUAUUCUGUCCUCAAAUUUCGCCCCCCGGGGAGUUUCUCGCUUCCAGGAACGCGUCCGGAACAAGCUACCAAAGCCUCUUGAGUUAAACACUUCGCGACAUGGUGCGGUAGUCGAAAAAAUCUACAAUGCUUGCUCGUCUGCUAUGAACGCACGGAUCGGACGCGGCGACAAUGAACGAUUUUUAGAGCAAUUUGGCUACGUCAUCGUCGCCUCUCAACUACUGAACGAGCACAGCGCACCAUCCUAUACAUCAGCCGCCGACGUCGUGACAGCUUCGCAAACAGCAGACCUCCCAUCCCUAUCUACAACUUUUGGACUCUACGGUGCUAUAGUCACAUUCACUACGUCGUUCUCAAUUGCUUGGUUAUUACACUGGAGCAGGUCAAAGACAGGGUCUGGGCUCAACUUGAAAAAAGUCGGAGUUAUUCUGGUGCUCGUCCCCAUACUUGGCAUAUUUUUCUAUGCUUUCGCAAAGAGACAAUGGUUGAAAUACUUACGACACCAGGCAGUAGAUGCAGCCUGCACUUUUAUUGGGAAUGCCCAGAGAUUUGAUUCUGCUGCAUCGGCUUCUGUGGUAUUUAUACAGGAGGUGGAACUUGUGUCCAGAGGAUAUCGGAUAAGUACCCCUCUACCUCCUAUCAGUCGACUUGAGGAUCAGGUACAAACUCGGCGUUGUCUGAGGCUCCGCCGCGCGGUAUCCGAUUCUUUUUGGUCAAUGCUGGAACGCUACAUUCAGUCUCAAAACACCCUUCGCCCGCUCACUAACACUGCAAAUUUGGAAAAAUACUACGAUAUUUACGACAUUGCUCUCGAAGACCUUGAAGCGAUCGAAGUAGCAUUAUCGCGGCGGAGCAUGGAAGAUCAGUACUCUCUGCGUUCUUUACGGGAUCUCUUCGGGAAAUUGUACAGCGUGCGGAAGAGCGUUUUAUGCUGCUUACUUGCACUCCGCGCCGAUGGAAGUGGCUCAGAUGUUACGCGAUGGAGCGCCGCGGUCGAAGAAAUGCGCCAGCUUGCUGAAGUGACUGGAACCAGCAUGAAUAGAAUGGCAAACAUCCUGAAUGAGGAAGAUCGGAAUAUCAUCCCUCCGUCACCACUCCCUUCAGCCUCCCCAAGUAAGGACCACCUUCGCGCGCAAUUUCGGAGGCUCAACUCUUUGUCCCAAGGAGUGCGUGCCUUGCAUGCCAAAAUGCAUCUUAUCAGCGAGGAGACAAAUUCCCACCUUGAACGCGCAGACUCCAGCGACUUUGAAGGAUCUCUUCCUACACAAUAUGAACUUAUUGGCAACGAUAUCAAAGCCCUUCUCCAAGAAUGGGAAGAAGGUAAGACUGCUAUUCUGAACAGACAGGACCGCCUCAGUACUAUCAAUUCGCGACCAUCGAGUGCGAUACAGCCACUGUCACCCACUUCUAGCCUAGGGGGUAUCACGGCAGUCGAAGGCAGUCCUACCGAUGCCCUUAAAGCCCUGAAUGGCGACCUUCGUCCCGACCUGAUUCACAGUUUCGACGACGAAGAAGUAUUUGAAGCUGUUGUGCUUCCAGCCUCCAGAAAUAAGAGAGCGUCUUUAACCCGAGACGAACGACUAGCACGUGUACGAGAAGAUCGUAUUCGGCAAGCCGCUACUCGGGAAAAAGCGGAUGCUAACACGAACAUGCUCAAAGAACUUGAGAUGGUCAUCAAACAACGCCCUCGAAACCCUCAUUCAAAACGAGUCACAAGCAUCUAA